AUGCAAGCCGCAGACGUCGAAUAUCAGAAGCUUAAGAAUAUGAAUGCAUGGACUCCCGUGAAGCGAAAGACCAUUGAGGAAGACCAUAAAUCAUGCAAAGGGUCUAUCAAGCCUCAUCGAUGCCCUAAGCAUCAAAUUCUGCCUUUAAGAUGGGUAUUUACCUAUAAAGUGGAUGAAAACGGCUAUUUAUCCAAAUUUAAGGCUAGAAUUUGUGUCCGCGAAGAUCUCCAAGUUGACCGCAAUGACGAAACUAGGGCUACUACCCUUGCUGCACGGACCCUUCGGACUCUUCUUGCUAUUAUUGCUGCAUUUGACCUUGAAACCAUACAAUUGGAUGCAGUAAAUGCCUUCCUAAAUAGCAAGCUAGACGACCCCGUUUAUGUUGCCUUCCCCCAAGGAUACGGCCGCAAACACUACGUUCUACGGCUUAACAAAGCCUUAUAUGGCCUAAGGGUAGCGCCUAUCCUAUGGCAGCAAGAAGUCCUUCAGAAACUGGCCCAGUUUGGAUUCGUGCCUAUUCCUGAAGACCCGUGCCUAUUUGUCUAUAAAAAUGUCGUUUUAAUGAUAUUUGUGGACGAUAUCUUGGUCAUCUUCCACCGAAGGCACAAACAUGAAGCCCAUGAGCUUAGGGACAAGCUUAUGCAAGCCUAUGAAAUGAAAGACCUAGGCGAGGCAACGAGGUUUAUAGGCAUUCGAAUCACCCGCGAUAGGGCCACAAAAAGGCUAUGGAUCUCCCAGGAUGCCUAUAUUGAGAAAAUUGCGCAUCGAUUCCAUAUAACGCCUUUGAAACCGGUUAAAACGCCAUUUCCACCCUCGCCGCUCCCCGCUCCACCUUCGGACCACCAGGCUUCCCCAGCUAUGAUUCAUCUCUAUCAGCAGAAGAUAGGAUCAUUGCUUUAUGCCACAAUUAUGACUCGGCCUGAUGCCGCAAAAGCUACCCAAAUGCUUUCGGAACACCUCACGAACCCUACCAAUCAGCAUAUGGACGCUGCAGACAAAGCCAUAGCCUAUUUAUACUAUACUAGAUAUAAGGCUAUAGAGUAUUCCCCUGUGCUAGACGGUCCCACCUUCGCAUGUGCAAGCGAUGCAUCCUAUGCAGACAAUAUCGGACGAAAGUCAUCAGAAGGCUAUGUAGCCUACUUAUUCAAUGGUCCGAUAGACUGGAUUGCACGUAAGCAGAAGACGGUGACGACAUCAACGACAGAAGCCGAAUUGCUUGCUAUUUCAUCAGCCAGUAAGCAUGUGAUGUGGUGGAAACGUCUCUUUAGGUCUAUAGAACUAGACCUAGACCAGGAAAGGCUUAGUGUCCUUUGUGAUAACAAACAGACCGUGGACCUCCUUACUAAGGUCAAUUCUUUGUUCCGCACAAAGCUUAGGCAUAUUGAUAUCCACCACCAUUGGUUACGACAAGAAAUAGUGGCCGGAAACAUCGAUAUUGCCUGGAUUGAGACCAAUUCUAUGCCUGCGGACGGUCUGACCAAGCCUUUGCCUUAUCAUAAGCACCAGCGGUUUAUCGAUCAUCUAAACAUGACCGAUAUCCAAGACAGAAUUGUCGAAAUCUAG